GAAGGAACUUCAAUUUGAGAGUUGAAGGCAACGCGGAAGAUCGAUAAGAAGAAAUGUCGCGACGUUCCGACAAAGAGACCGAAUUUUCACCACAACAUUGCGCGGUGAACGUCAAUCGCACGAUACCUAGACGGACUGUAAGAAAAACGACGCCGAAAGUAUAUCGGAGCACGCACGCACAUACACACAUAUACAUACGUGACUGCACUCGCUGAUCGAUAGUAGUCGCGCAAUCUACGAAACAGGGGAAAAACGUAGCGACUGGUUGAACGCGACGUUAAACCGCUCCACCACGGCCGGGACCAUCGCCGUUCGGCGAUAUCGCGCACGGCAGAAGGUGAAUAGCAAAGGGGGCUAAAGAGGGGGAGGAGUGAGAGGGAGGCAGGUGGAGGCAGAAGAACCUGCCAUGGCAGAAUGCCGGCGCGGAGAAGUUUCGAAAUUCGAGUUCGCCGUUCCUCGCGAGAGGAUAAUAAUCGCGGUAGGAGCCGCGAGGAAAGUCGCGAGCACGAUUCAAGGCCGGUCGGAUGUAAUCCCACGAGCUCGCGAGAGAGAGAGAGAGAGAGAGAGAGAGAGAGAGAGAGAGAGAGAGAGAGAAAGAAUAGAAUAAAAUAGAAUAGAGUUUACUGAGCCAUGAGAUUAUGAAUCUUUUAUGGCUUAAGUGAUAGAAAAAUGAAAAUUAACUAUGAAUCUAAGUAAUACAAGAAUAACACAAAUGACUGGCAGAUUCAAAACAAAGAAAAGAAUAAAUAAUAAAGCUGUAAAACAGGAAUGUUCUCGCGAUCGACUUGAAGGUUUCUUAAGCAAAGGAAUAUAUUUGCACGCAGAGUUCGAAAGUUGUUAAUUCUAGAUUUGAGAAAAAAAAAGAGAGAACCAGAAAGGAGAAGAGUCGAAUCGGUCGCGAGAUCGCGACUCUAGGCGCGCUGCUACGCCGGCCACGGGGUAUAAUGAUCGCCCCGUCGACUCGCUCGACUCCCUUUGCACCGGAUACAGCGAGUCAUCGAUCGGUGACUUGCGUUCGGCAAGUGACUGUCCGGAUGUGAAAUGUGUCGUGUAAACGAGGUGCAACGAUGUGACGCGAAGAUGGACGUGUGGUGUGUGCUUCAUGAGCGAGUCAACUCCGACUCCGUAAAAGGCGACACGCUGACUAAACAGACCCAAUUCGACACGACGGUGAUCGUUCUCGCCCCGGAGCAGUCGAAUAUUUUUCUCGCACCGUCACGCCGAUCACGAUUCACUGCCGAGUUGAGGCAUCAGGCGCCGUGCCUUAUGACCACGCUGGAGAGAAUACACACCUGCUGCGAGAGAGUCGGCCGAUACAAUGCGGGCACGCAGAUGCACUUUCGGGAGGAAUCAAAAUAGAGCGACUCCUGCAGGACCUGCAGGACUCACGCGCGGACGCGUAAACAAAAUUGUAACCUCUACUGCGAUCGCUCCACGCAAUGUACGCGUGAGAUCCCUCGGCGAUUCUGCUUCGCACAAGGGAAACCAAGUUUCACGAGGGACACGAGGUGCCCUCGGAUCGCCAGGUGUCCUUUCAGUCGUGUGAUCAGGUGGUGAUACUUGCGAGACCUGUGCGAACGCAACCGACGAUCCUGCCCAGCGGAACGUACAAAAGGACACUAGCGAGAGCCCUCUUUUUCUCUCUCUCUCUCUCUCUCUCCCCGCAGGAGCACCGUGUGUCCUGGAGCGUGUGUUUACCUGGCCGUGGCUGCGGAAGGACCCCACCCUCGCCGAGACGAUUGCGAGCGGAUAGGCGACGUGCAGAAAUGCGACUCGUAAGGAGGAAGGGGAAGAGAGAGACGGACAAACAGACAGACAGAUAGACAGAGAGGGAAUCGCGAACAAUUCGGGGGUCGUUGGUCGAGAGAAAAUGUCGAGGGAGGAAGGGACCGAGCGAAAUUUGUUGCCAUGUAACGCGAGGCUUGUCAUAACGCAGUUAUACGGAUGGCGCGUGCUGACGCGCGGAUCUCGGAAGUGAUAUUUAUUUACUCACGGUGUAUACGCGUUCCCACUGCGUCGGACUCCAGGAUGACCGGCGGACGUAUCCUCGCGGCAAGGUCGGAUAUCGACGCGACUCACUGCACGGCACCACGCACGGUUUCGCGCUCGAGAUGUGCCCGGAAUCUCCGCACGCGACCACAACGGCACCCGUCAAACGCGACACGCGUCCGCCAUGUUGCCUGCGACCGCGGCGCUGGCGACGUCUGGCGGCCGGCGCGGCAACUAACCCGCGAGCGAACGCGCGAACUUUGAACGCGUCGAAUUUCGCUAAUUGAGUGGAGAACCCAAGAAAGGAGUUUAUCGUCCGAUGUUUCUAUAAAUGCGUUUGCCGGAACGGGAAUCUGACGAUGCGACAGCGAUAUCGCUCGAUAUUUUCCAGGUAGAACGGCACUGUGCAAUAUGAAAUGAAAAAUCAUGUGUAAAAAGUGUAAAAUUGCAUAUAAGAUCCGAAUGACCCGAUAAAUGUUCAGUUAUUUGUGCAGCGUGUUGGCGUCACGUAUACUUUAACACUUAUCCAGCGGAAUUUCAUACAAUUAUCGAUCUUGAGCAUCUAUGUGCAAAGUUAAUAAUCGUGUAUAAUGGGUUGUAAAACAGUUUGGACACAAUGAAGUUGAGAGCUCACCAAACUAUGAAAAUUCACAAUCAUUAUCGACUGGCUUAUGCAAUAAUGAUAUGAUUAAAAAUGAUAAGUGAUAACAAUUAAAAAUAACAAAACAUGUAAUGAAAUAAAAAAAAACUUCUAAUAUAAUUACUGAGUAAGCCCGUCAAUAAUAAUAAGUUUGGUGAGCUCCUAACUACAUUUGUUAUGUCUAAAUCGUUCUGUAUCUGAGUGUACAAUUGCAAAUUAUAUUUCGUUUAAACUUAAUUACAAUAUACUUCUCGCUUCCUAUUUCUCGUUCUCAGUCUUUUUCUGGCUUAAAGUUUGAGUCAGAAAGAGAUAAGAAGAAAGAAAGAAACAGGAAGCAAAGAAUUUUAUUGUAGAUUAGGCUUUAGACCCCAUAUAUUGUUAGCCGGGAGCGCUGAGAUCGCGCGUUACGUUCCUGUCUAUCUUCGAUCGGGCGGAUGUUUCUCCGUAAGGUUAGUACAUAUUACUCCGUCAGUGUUACCGAAGUCGUCAAUUGGCGUUGUCCAGGCACGAAGCCGCCAAAAUAUCCGCUUCUCCAAAUUCAGACAUUAUUUGCGAUUUCUCGGGUACUACAUGUGGCACUACUGACCACGUGGGUCGCACACACUGAAGAGCAACGACGUUGCCAAGACGUACUGUUCUCGACGGACGCAUGACAUCGUGCGACAUCGCGACAUUAUUGUUCUCCGCCUCGGCAUCGCCAUCAACGCGAAGAGACACAACAGAAAACAUUGCUGGCGACAUCACUUAGGACCCCUGCUGGCGAGACGACGAUCUGAGAUUCGAGAGGUUACUGUUGGUAAAUGGUACCGUAUGCACCUAAUACAUUUGAGAAUCGCGUAUUAUUUUCGAGGACUGACAGAAAAAGAGAGAGAGAAAGGAAUAAUUAUAGUUGCAAGUCGUGAGCAUUUUGUGAUUUCUCCUUGAGUGAACUGACAGCUCGUCCAGUCAGAUUCACAAGGAAUAAAGCAUGAGAUAUCAUAACUCUUCCAGUAAAGAAGACACUUGGCAACAGAGAGAAAAAUUUAGCUAGAAGAUCUGUGGUCGAAUACAUUGAGAUCGAGGAGAUUUCUAUGCCAGAGCGCAGCAGUAACGUAUGUGCAAUAUUAGUGUUUUGAACCUAGUGAGAGCGUGCUGUAUGAGAAGAAGAUUGAAAGGAUAUUGAAUUAAAGGACACAACAUUUUCAGAUCAAAUAUCUAGAGAGAGUAAAUAUUAGAUACUAGAAGCAUGGCCGACACAGACACAGAGUCACAGACAAUUAAACACUCGUAUCUCUCAGAACACGUAAUCUCCAACGAACUGCAGAAGACAUUCUCAGAUCACUGGCAGAGUUUUCGUGACUGGAAGGAGAGCGGCAUUGAGAUCAUGUCAAAACCCUUUAGAAUCUGCAAAAUAACAAACUUCCUCAGAAACAAAGAGUUCCUGGAGAAGGUAAAGGACGAGUUAUUAGACAUGGAAUUUAAGCGCAAAGUUGUCGAUCUCUACCAGUUCGAACAGACAACCGAUUUGGACACCGUCGAGAGUGAGUACCUGACAAAGCUACGUGAGAUCUUCCGGGAGGACGUGGCGUUGUGGAUGGAGCUGAACACGGAUAUCACGCUCAAUGGGAAGAUCUCGAUGUCGUGCUCGAUCUACUUCGACACUGACCAUCUGUUGUGCCAUGACGAUAACUUAGAUGACAGAAGGAUAGCUUUCAUAUUGUACAUAAUGGACGAGUGGUCGGUCGAGGACGGGGGCGCCUUGGAUCUCUUCGACACGGGCGAAGGCGGCUUCCCGAGAGACGUGGUGAAGUCAAUUAUGCCGGAAUACAACUCUUUCGUUUUCUUCGAAGUCGUGGAUAACUCUUAUCACCAAGUGGCCGAGGUGAUAUCUCCCGAGAAGAUGAGAUGGUCGAUCAACGGCUGGUUUCACGGCCCCAAGAGGAGCAGCAAUAGGCCAGCGAGGUCUAUACAGACAAAGAGUCUCAUCGAGCCGGACAACGCAAAGAUAGAGCUGGACUCUUGGGUCUCGAAGAAUUAUCUGACCGCCGACAUCGGUAAGCAGAUCCAGGAGGAAGUCGAGACUAACUCCUUCAUCUUUCUCAAAGACUUCUUCAAGCAGGACAUGUAUGAAGCACUCUCGGCUGACCUAACGUCGCAGGAUAUCCAUUGGCGAAUGGUCGGCCCCGCGGAUGAACGUCGCUACGAGGUGGCCGACGAGCAGACCUUGCCGCGCCUUUUGAAAGAGUUCUAUAACAUGUUCAAGUCCAUCUCCUUCUUCCAACAGCUGAAGGUUUACACAGAUCUCGAUCUGACGCCCAACAACGAGUCCAUGAAGCCUAAGAUGACGGUAGAGCUACAGAGGUGGUCGCAGGGCUGCUACACGCUGAUGGUCGACAGAAUGAAGACUGCGAGCUCUACGAACGGCAACGAGUCGACGGUGUCGUCGACUGACAACAAUAUAGACGAGGAGGAGAUCGAUAUCAACAAGUACCCCGACAUGCAGUUCAGCAGCGACAGCGAAGAUGAGAACAACAUUACACAAAUGAUCGCGGAAUCCACCAACCACCACAACGAUAAGACCAAAUUUGCUGACAAUGCUCGCGAGUGUGACACGCGAGAUAGCCUGAAAAGGAAGCUGAGUCCUACCUCGCAGUCUUCGAGCGAGUCGGAGACUGACCUGAAGAUAGCCAGACGUGAUAUAGAAUCCUCCAAUGACUCUUCGGACAUAUUGAGCAACUUGGACUCGGAUUACAGCGCUGACAAGGAGGAGGAGGAGAAAGAGAAAGAAGAUGAGGACAAAAGGGAAGUCGAUGACGACGAGGAAGAUGACGAAGAGGACAAGGGGAGAUCCACCGCCGAGUCGGAGCUCGGAGAACUGGAUCUUUUAAUACAGUUUCACACUGAUAACACGAAGGAACUUGACGACUCCAUAGACUACGUGGAUCCCCUCGACCCGAAGGGCGAAUUGGUUCACGUCCCGGCAAAGGACAAUCACCUUUGUUUAGUCUACAAGACCUCGAGCAUCUGCCGGGUUCAUCAUUACGUCAAUCAUUAUUGCAAGGACUAUUUUUACAAUUUGAUAUGCACGUAUUAUGAGUAGUCGCGCGUCAGAGGCAUGUUUUUGAAAUAUAUAGACUACCAAACUUCAGGAGCACGUUUCGGUGAACAUGCACAAUCCCAAGAGAAAAAAGUACCGAAGUUUUAAAAGCGGAACAAUGCCCCGGAAAAUCCCGAAAACCGAGUACAUAGGGACAAUUUCCCGAAAUAUUGAAGACCUGAAGUUUUCAGCAAUUUGUAUAACUUUUUGGGACAACUUCGUGCUUUCAAUAUUUCGGGAGAUUGUCUCUGUAUCCGAUUCUCGCGAUUGCGACUUCUCGGGACGUUGUCCCAAUUCUUAAGUUUCGGAAUCUUGAUUUUUCGAGAUUAUGCAAUCCACCCACGUCUCAUUCAUCGUGAAGAUGAGAGAGAUCGUAAGAAUUUCGCAAGUAGCUCGUGAAAGCUCGGGGAAUGCUUCUUUCACGAGUUAACAAUCACUUGCUCUCAUCAUUACGACGAAUGGAGUAUUUUUCUGAAGUUUCUCGUCAAUUGUGUGGGAAUGUCGUGUGUACAGUAAUAUUCUUGUCAAAUCGGUGUGAUUUUAUUGAAAGUAACUAGAAAAAAAAUAGGAGAAGAUAUGCUCUACCAAAUCUUGUAUGAAUGUCAACAAACGUUCUCGUAUCGAGAUCGGUAGUAUUUUCUUUGCAAGUGAAUUGUGUGUAUAUAUGUUGUGUAAUAUUUAUUAUACAUUAAAUGAAUUUCAUCGGUA